AUGGCAGCAAGAGUUGCAGGCAGAAUCCGGGCUCUGUGGUGGGUGAAGCUGCAGUCGGCCUUUCGGACCGCCCUAGCUUGCACCAUCGUGGGCUGCACCACCCUCUACGCUCCAGCCCAUUUCACAAGGCAGAUAACGUUUCCGGCAUUUUCUUACGUUACAGCCGUACUAAUUGUGUCUGAUGCCAACUUAGGCGACGCCAUAAGAGGCUGCUGGCAUGCAUUUUAUGCCACUCUUCAAAUGCUGCCGCUUUCCAUAUUAGGCCUACGGAUCAUCGGGCCGGCGAGGUUCUCCCCUAGCAUCGCUGCUGCGGCGGCGGCUCUAGCCUCUUUCUUGGUGGCUCUGCCAAAUUCUACACCUCUGAUGUCUAAGCGUAUUGCUUUUGGGCAGAUAGUGAUUGUUUGUGUGAAUGCUGUCAUUCAUGGCAAGCAAAGUUCAAGUGUGGUGGUGCACCCGGUUCAUGUUGCGUCCAGUACAGCACUUGGAGCCGCCUCUGCUUUCCUGGCUUUGUUGCUUCCCUACCCUCGGCUUGCCUAUUACGAGGUUAGAAAACUUAGCCGAUUGUACGCUGAAAAUGCUGCUGAGAGGAUCAACCUUUCCAUGAAUGCAUUCCUCGCGGAAAAUCAUCUCAAUGCUAUGGAGCUAAUCUCUCUAGCCCAUCCCUUGGCUGCAACAGGAAAGAAGCUCCUCCGCACUAUAACUCUCAUGCAGCUUUUACGCGUGAAAUCCACGAUAACUCCUUUGCUUUUCCACUCCAAGCAGGAAGGUAUUUUGUGGGAGAUGCCUUGGAUCAGAUUCUCAAAACUCCAUUUUGCGAAUCCAGGAGACAGAUUGCAAGGAAUGGAAACAUCGAUGAAGGGAAUGGAAAUUGCCCUAAAAUUCUGUCCCCUUUCAUCUGCCGGCUUGGCUACUCAAGAACUUACUGAUACCAUCCGGGAUUUGUCCGUGCAACUUGGUCAAAAACUUAAGCAAGCUAGAUGCUUUCAACCUUUUAACUCGACAACCGUCCCGAAGCCUAAAGGAGGAUGCCUAGACAACCUCAUCUUGCCCAGCUGCGAUACGAUCCCAUUGAACAAUAAACAUCUGUCAGCGCUUUUCUUCUUGUCUUGUUUGGAACAGUUUCUCAAUGACUCUACCAUGGUACAAAAACCGGAGCCCAAUUUAGAAAGUCUGGCAGCUGAAGGAGAAGAACUAAAAAACUCACAAAAGCAUGCACAAAUUAGCUUCAAGGAAACGUGCAGAAAAUGGAUCGCAAAUCUUAGAAAUGAAAGAUUACUAUUUGCGUCCAAAUGUUCACUAUCUUUAGGUUUGGCUGUUCUGAUUGGUCUCAUAUUUAACAAGGAAAAUGGUUAUUGGUCAGGCCUUACAAUUGCAAUCAGUUUCGCAACACGAAGGCAAGCAAUUUUUACAACUGCAAAUGCUCGGGCACAAGGCACAGCAGUUGGAUCAGUCUACGGAGUCUUAGGAUGCUUCGUCUUCAGCAGGUUACCAGAAAUAAGAUUCGUGGCUCUUAUCCCUUGGAUCAUUUUUACCAGUUUUCUAAGGCACAGUCGGAUGUAUGGCCAAGCUGGCGGAAUUUCGGCAGUUAUAGGAGCUCUACUGGUCCUUGGUAGAAAUAAUUACGGACCUCCAGAUGACUUUGCCAUUGCCAGACUAACAGAGGCUUUCAUUGGCCUAUGUUGUUUCAUUCUAGUGGAGCUCCUCUUACAACCAACAAGAGCAUCCACUCUGGUCAAGAGGCAUCUUCAUCUAACACUGGGUAUUCUUCAAGAAUGCAUAACACAAGUAAUUACCUACUCAAAGGGAAAGGAUCAAGCAUCUAUGGAUCUACAAGCAUUUAAAGGAAAGCAGAAACAUCUGAAGUCCUAUGUCCAUGAGUUUGAGAACCUUAUAGGGCAAGCUGAGCUGGAACCCAAUUUCUGGUUCUUGCCAUUUAGGAACACUAGCUACUGGAAGCUCCACAAUUAUUUGUCAAAUACAGCCGAUCUGCUACACUGUAUGGCCUACAGCCUAGAAUACCUUCUACAAGUACCAAAGAAUCAUUUUGCUCUCUGGAAGGACCUUCAAGAAUACAUACAUCAUGACCUGGAGUUGUGCAAAGACAACUUAAGCUCUUCAUUAAGGUGCCUCGAGAAAGCUAAAAUGGUAAAGUCAUUAGAAGUAACUCAAGAAGUACAACAGGGGGGUAUGUAUAAUGAUCUCGAGAAAGCAUUUUUCGCCAGGGAAAACAGUUUCAGUACUUUGACUACAACGGACCAACAAAUUGGAAACAUUGUAAACUAUCUUCUUCAGCAGUCCAAGAAGGGUGAACAUGAAAUCAAAGAAAAUGAAGGUGAGGAUGGACUUGGAGAAAAGAUGGCUCUUGCUCUCUGUUCCCUGGGCUUUUGCAUAAGUGGUUUCAUGAGAGAAAUAAUAAAAGAUACUAAGAGUGUAAUCAAAGAGGUAGUAGCAUGGGAGACAAAGCUAAAUGUAGAUUCUUGCCAAACAUCAUGCAAAUUUUGUCCAUUUUAA